UAUAUACAUAUGCUCUUGUUUGUCAUUGCUCCAGGUCCGUAAAGAUGGUUGUUCUGUCCAAAGAAUAUGGCCUUGUGGUGAUGACCGGUGUGGCCGGUAUGGUCAUGGUCGGGCAUCUGGGAGCCAAAGUUGUCUGCGCUCGCAAGAAGUACAAUGUAAAGUACCCCCAGAUGUACAGCGAUGACCCAGAAACUGGACACAUUUUCAACUGCAUCCAGCGCGCGCAUCAAAACACCUUGGAGAUGUACCCAUCUUUUCUAUUCUGCCUGGCCAUUGGUGGUCUGCAUGCUCCCCGUCUAGUGAGUUUUCUUGGACUCAUAUGGAUCAUAGGCAGAGAGGUGUACGCAUAUGGGUAUUCUACAGGAGAUCCCGAGAAGAGAAUGCAUGGACUGUUUGGGAACAUCGCUCUUUUCGGAAUGAUGCUGUCUACAGCGUGCUUCGGCCGUCAUCUGCUGGGUUGGCCAGCACCACAAUUUGGACGCUUCUGUGGUGGAGCAUGCCAGAAAGUCCCAGCAGUGUAAAAAAAAAAAAACAACUAUACUGCUCUCAUUAUAACAAUCAUAAAUCAUCCUAAAUAAUAAAAUUCGACGUUGUAACUUGUGCAGCAGCUGUGAGGUGACCUGACUAGUUUUUUUACUCGUACGUUGUUGCCCGUCUGAGAAAAUGAAUGCACUGUUUAAACAAACUGACACUCCCUUAGUCGGCAUUUAACCUUCCAAAUCGGGUUGUUAAUUGUAUUACACGAUGUUUGUUAAAGCAUAUUAAAAAGCACUAUUUUUAA